UGUGCUGUAGUGAUAGUGUAAUCAUUUGGGCACGGCAAGAGUUGCAGGAGCUUGUUCGUGUGAGUCACAUAUCGCGUGAAAUACAUUGUGGUAUUGUGCGCAAAACCGAGACAGUGUCACGACGCAAGAUUUGUUUCAUGUGAACGUUCUGGGACAUCUCUUCAAGUCGAGCGAAACUUGUGGUGAAAAGUCCUUCCUAGACGUUUAAGGAAGAAACAUGGAGUGGCUGUUCGGUCGCAAGAAGUCUCCGGAGGAGAUGCUUCGGCAGAACCAGCGGGCGCUCAACAAAGCGAUGCGCGACUUGGACAGAGAGCGCGCAAAAAUGGAACAACAGGAGAAGAAGAUCAUCAUGGACAUCAAAAAGAUGGCCAAGGACAAUCAGAUGGAUGCAGUGAAAAUCAUGGCACGGGACUUGGUUCGGACACGACGCCAAGUGAAGAAGUUCAUCCUGAUGCGGGCUAACAUCCAGGCGGUUUCACUAAAGAUCCAGACUCUUCGCUCGCAAAACGCAAUGGCUCAGGCUAUGCGAGGCGUCACGCGUGCCAUGCAAAACAUGAACAGACAGCUGAACCUGCCUCAGAUACAGAAGAUAAUGCAGGAGUUUGAGAAGCAGUCUGAAAUCAUGGACAUGAAGGAGGAGAUGAUGAACGAUGCCAUCGAUGACGCGAUGGGCGACGAUGAGGACGAGGAGGAGAGCGAUGCCAUUGUGAAUGAAGUUUUGGACGAACUGGGUCUCCAGCUGUCCGAAAAACUGACGGACCUCCCAGAAGCCGGUGGCACGCUGAGUGCGGGGGCACAAAAGGGCAAGGCAGCUGCAGCGCCAGCUGCUGUCAGUGACGCAGACGCUGACCUCCAGGCUCGACUCGAAAAUCUGCGAAGAGAAUAGACAUUCCCCGCUUUCCCAAAGGGGAUUGUGUGAAGCGCCUUUUUUUAAGUCCUUGUAAAGAAAUAUGUUUGUUUGCUGAGGAUGCUGUUGUAAUCUUUGAAAAAAAAAAUAUAACAACCAUACUUUGAGCCUAAUGCCCCUGGUGAAAGAUGCAUACAAAGCUUGGCAGUGCUUGCUUGUAUAAUUUUUGCUUAACGUGGUUAGCUGAUGCACAAGAGGUGAAGCCUAGAACGAGAACCAACGGUGGAAUGGUACUAGUGCUUACAUAAAGCACACUUUGGUUCUACGAGUUAUAUUGAUUAUCGUAAGUUGAAAGCCAUGUUGAGAGAACAUUUCGACCCUCAGCUUUUUACAAGUGAUGCACUGUAGCACACAUGUUCUUUAGGAUUAGUUCCUCAGUUGAAUUUCAUUAGUUACUUACAAUGUCAACUGAUUGAACUAGUUAUGGAAUUAUUGCCGUUUCACGUAAACAGCAAUAUAAACCAGAUUAGGGCAUGCUUUGGCAAUUAUUGUGGUACAAGCCAGCCAUAUUGAAAUUAAGGAGAAGGCACUUAUUUUUGUGCUGCCAUUUCAUGGCCACUGAUGGAUCCACUAGCUUUCCCAAAUGAAUCGUGCUAGUUGCAUUUGGCUGCAAGUUAACUCGUGCUCAGAUUUAUGUUGCAAUGCUAAAGCACUGCCUGGACGCAUAAUGAAGUAGCUUGUGAUAAGUCGUGUUGAACAGCUGUGGGUUGUUUUCAAUAUUGGAAGAAGUGCAAAUGCCUUAGCAGGCUCUUUAAUGAACAGCAAAGAUGUUAAUGCGACAUAUCCUCUGCAGUUGUGUUGUGAUUGCUUGCGCAUUUGCUGUAAUAUAUAAUAAAACCACUUUAUUGAAAUGUAACAUAAA